AAGAAGAAAGAAAUACUGAGAGAGGGCCACUCACGUAGGACGUGGAACGUGGCCCAGAGGCAGAGGGAGGGUGAGGAUCAGAAUCGCCCUGGCGCUCUUACUUCCUGCCUGGGGACACAAAGGACACACGCGUCAAACUCGUAACACGCACACAGUCCCAGUCACUCUCCUCCAUCCUUUCCUUCCUUUAUAUUCAUUCAUUUACCGUCUUCUUUCCUCCGAAAAUUUGCUUCCUGCUUCCUUCUCUCUCGCUCUCUCUCUCUCUCUGCAUUUUCAUACAUAACAUACCCUUUAAUAACUACACAAACCCUAGAGCGGGACAGAAACUAUUGGUUUGUUAGAGAGAGAAAGAGAGAGAGAGAGAGAGAGAGAGAGAGACAAACACAAGUUUGCUUGGUGGGUGGGACCGGAUCUUUCUAUCCUUAUCUCUGUGUAUCUACAAAUAAUGCCCGAGAUACUCUCUUCAGCAGAGAAUCAGCUCAACGGCGUCGGUGGUGGACCUCUUUUGGUUGCUUCUUCCGAGACCGUCGGAUCCAAGCGCCAGCGCCGACCCAGCGUCCGAUUGGGCGACAUCGGAGGCGACCAACCCUACGAUUCUCACGUGCGGAGGAGCCCCCAUCCCCACCCCCACCCCCUCCACCUCCACCUCCACAACAACGGCAACAAGCACUGGAAGCUCGGGAUGAAGGACUCCAACAACCACUCUAGUGCCUCAGGUAAAACCUCCAAGACUCGAACUUUAUUUCAUCUGAGUUCUUCCGAAACCCUAGACGGCGAGGACAAGGAAGGAAACCUCGAUGGCCUUGCGCUUUCGAGCUGGAAGGUCAAGGAUUCUAAAAAGCGAGCCUCCACGGCUAAAAGGGUCCGAUCCAAUUGGGUUUCUAAGGUUGUCGAUGAGGGUGAUGAUGCUGCUGGUGCUGAAGGGGAUGACAAAUAUGGUGGUGGUGAAGGAGAAAAUAUCGAUAACGGGUUUCGAGAUUUCGAUGUUGAAAACUCAGAAAGUCCGUUGAAAGAUCAAAGCCCGGUUCAUUCCCUUGAAAAUCUUGGUUUGGACGGGCAUGGAAAUGAGAGAGACUUGAUUUAUAGGAGACCCAUUAGGGCUAGGGGGGUUGUUUCGGAGGGCCACCAUGAAGGAGUGGAGUUAUCAGGGCCGUCCGAUACAGAUUGGAAGUGUGGGACGAGUGGUGAUAGGAAUGGGAAUAACGGAGGAGAAGAUGGGGUGAGGAUCUGGCUCAAUGGGUUAGGGUUAGGUCGGUAUGCGCCGGUGUUUGAAAUUCACGAGGUUGACGACGAGGUUUUGCCCAUGUUGACUUUAGAUGAUCUCAAGGAUAUGGGGAUCAAUGCGGUCGGGUCCAGAAGAAAAAUGUAUUGCGCAAUUCAAAAGCUUGGAAAGGGGUUUUCAUGAGUUUCUUUUUUUCUUUUUUGCUUGUGUGUGUGUGUGGGUUAAUGUAGGAAGACUCUCAGCCAUGGCAGUGUAAGAUUGCUUCCGAACCUUUUUGAUCCUAUUAGUGUAUUUCCCCUAUGACUCUUGAGAGAUAUGAUUAGGCUGCUUUGUUAGUUUGUUUCUUGUUGCACUAUCUGCCUUUUAAUCAAGUGCAAUUCUUCUGGUAUAUAUUGGCUCUGAUUCUGUAGGGGUACUCCUGGUUUUUACUGAUAAGUGUGAGAUAGAAUGUGGAAAUAUUCUGUGCGAAUUGGUUUUCAGAAAGAAUGAAAGAAAGAAAAUGUCUAAACUAUCAAGUCAAUUUUGAAUGUUUUCAUUUAAUAACCCUUGAGUUUAUGCAAUUACUUAUCAUUUUAGAGCCCUUUUGGUUCUCCGAUGUUGAUCAUUUUGAACUUGAAUAGGAUAGCUUAAGAGUCUUGGAUCUGAAGCCGUCCAUAUUCCUCAAAUUUCUUGCUUCCUUAUCUUUCUUUGGAAGGUCCGUCUUUCAUCUUAAUUUUUUACUAUCCUCACCUGAAAUACUUGUUAAAAAGAAAAAAGCAAAACUGUCCAUACUUGAAAUCAGUUAACUGCAACUACUAUUUUUAUUCCGGAAUUUGCCGCUCAUUAUGAUUUUAAUUUAUAUUAGUUUGCAUGUCAAUGAACUAAGGUUUUAUCUUCGUGUUGUAGGGUAAUGGUCAUUGAGAUUUUAUUAUAAUAUUUAGAGGUGGUCUCUGAAUCAUUGGUAUGGGGUAAAGUUUCAGAUAGAGGUUUGUUUUGUACAUCAUCUUUUUUUGGUGUUUGGGAAUGCAUGAAUUAUUGUUUCAUUGCACAGGAUAAGAUGUCAAGCAUAGUUAAAUUUUUAUGGGAACUAAUUGUUAUCGUGAUGGAGGCAGUUGGUGUACUUCUUGAAAUAGGAGAUAUGAAUUAAUUAUUGUUGGCACUGGCAGAGGCUGUAGGUUUGCAUUAACUUCUUAGUUUGUUAAUAAUGUUGCUCUGAUCCACACAAAAACACUACCCUUGGAAAACAAUCCCACCAGAGGAAAGGAGAGAAGCUUCCACUCACUCCUACACAA